AUGGAAAAAACAAACAGAUCCAUACAUGAUUUGCAGGAUAAUACGCUUACAGAGGAAGAGAAAACUGAGCUAAUCACAUUUUUUCAGAAGAUCGUUCAGAUCCCGAGUGUAAAUCCUGAAGGAAAGGAGUCCCUAGUAGCAGUGUAUUUGGAAGAAUUCUUUGAUAAGUAUCAGAUCCCAUAUGAGAAGAUCGAAGUCGAAAAUGGAAGAUAUGAUCUUUUGGCAAAAGUCGAGGGAGAAACCAGUGAAGAUGCCUUUCUUUUUACCGGCCAUAUGGAUGUUGUUCCUGUAAGUGCAGAGGAGGAAAAGCGAUGGAUUCUUCCUCCAUUUGGUGGAGAAAUCAAAGAAGGUAAAUUGUAUGGAAGAGGAUCUGUGGAUAUGAAAUCCGGUCUUUGCUGUGCCAUGUUUGCACUUGCUUAUUUGAAAAAGUAUGGUUAUAAACCAAAGACUGAUAUCUUCUUUUUGGCGACUAUAGAUGAGGAAGACUACAUGAAGGGUUCAAAAGCAGCUCUUAAUUAUCCUGCUUUGAAAAAAGUCAAGGGUUGCAUUGUUUGUGAGCCAACAGGACUUCAUCUUUGCACUGCAGGAAAAGGAAGAACUUGGGCUACAGUCCGUGUGAAAGGUGAAACUGCUCAUGGAUCACUUCCAUCAGCUGGAAAUAAUGCUAUUUAUCAAGCAUUAGAUCUUACUUCAAAAAUCAGAUCGCAAUCAUUUUGUUCUCCAGAAACAAAGUUUGCUUUUCAGACAUUUUGGAGAGUUCUUGCAAUUCAUGCACAAGUCGAACCUAAGGUUGUUCCUGAUUCAUGUGAACUGACAGUAGAUGCCAGACUCGGUUUAUCAGAUCAACCUUCUAUGAUCUGGGAAACUUUGGAUAAACUGAUCGAAGAAAGAAAGAAGGAAGAACCUUCGUUUUCGGCUGAAUACGUGAUUGAAGAUGAGAGACCUCCAUGGAAGCAGAAUAGUACUGACAGACUUAUCAUCUUAUUAAAGAAAGCAAUGGAAGAAAAACAACUCGAUACUAAUGAAGAAGUAUUUUCGGGAACAACAGAUGCAACAUUCUUAAGAAAACUUGGUAUGGAAACAGUUAUUAUUGGUCCUGGAGAUCUUUCUCUCGUUCAUCGUGAAAACGAAAAUAUUUCGCUGGAAGAAGUAGUUAAGGCCUGUGAAUUUUAUUUGGAGGUCAUUCGUCAAAUAUAA